GGAUAGAAUCACUUUGUCUUUGCAUUGCCAAACGAAAAAUGGCGGGCAUGCCUGAUGAAUUUUCUUCAAACUCGCCGUUAUCUUUCGAUUUUACCGACGGUCUACUCGACGAUGAUGUUGCCCAAAAAAUGAGAAUUCCACAAAAAAUCACCGUAGCUGGGGACGAAGAGGAAUAUCCGGCUAGUGCAGCGACAGGUACCUCGGGGGCAGCCAUGACAUCGUCAAUGAUGGCCAUUCCAGAACGAAUCGAAAUCGGCAAUUUUGCUUCUCCAGCGAGUGGAAUUCCCAAGGAUUUAAGAGAUAAUUUGGGGAGUGUGAAUUCUAAGAGUAGUAUGGUAACUCCACCACGAACUCUGACUGUUGAUGACACAAAGUCAGCACAUUAUCCCCAAAGGAUCGCGACAGCACAGCCUUCGCCGAUUCGUGGAACAGGUGAGAGAGGGGCUUUUGCUGCUAAAUUCGUGGAAGAUGAAAGGUAAGCCUGUCGUUACGCUGAAUUAAAGAAUUUUUUUACCUUAGUGAUUUCUUUCUUUCUUUUCUAGUGCAUCGUAGCCUUUGUGUUUUAGUACUCAAAUUAUAUUAUUAAAUUUUAGAAUACACAAUUUUGAUAUUGUUUGUGCUAUGUGAAAAUAAAAACAUUUGAAUAUCCGGCCUCUACAUUCCAAUAUACACAUCUUUAAGUGUUGGUCUCGCAGUCUUGCAGUCGUGAACAUUUACAUUAAAAAAAUGAAUAAAUGUAGUCGAACUUUAUGUGUAUGAUUUUUGUGUAUGAAUUGAUUCUUCGUUGUGUAGGCUUUGAGAGGCUCUCAAGUACACUGAUGUCAAAUUGAGUAAUAAUUCCUUUGCUACUGAGUGAAGUAAAUUCCCAUAUUUCUUGACUAAAGAAAUGUAGGAUUGACCAUAGAAGUAGUCAUCCCACUUACCUUUUUAAAACAACCAAUUUUUAGAGAUUCAUCAACUACAAGCCUUUAGGGCUGCAUUUAUCAUAUUUUAAUUUGGAUCAUAAUUUAACAUUUCUUAGAAACUGCCCACCUCCCCCUCCCCUAAGCCAACAUUAACAUUUAUUUCUCGUUUUGGGGAAAAUGUUGGCUUAGGGGAGGGGUAGGUGGGUAGUUUCCCAGAAACAUAUAUCCCUUAAUUUUUCUGAUUUGAUAGCAUGCCAUUCAACAAUAUAAUUCAAAACUGUGCUUAUUUUUUAGUAUUGCUGUUGGUCUUGAAGUUAUUGAAGAAGGCACACCACUUGAUAGUGACGGUGAAGUUGGUCAUUACAUGGGCAAUGACCUGUCAGACACCAGGAAGUGCUUGAUUCAGGUGCAACAGUUAAACCGCAGAGUGCGAGAUCUUGAGAGAGACUUGCAGAGAAAUACAGUUGGAUUCUGGUCCAAGCUCGCUUUCUUUGCUUUUACAAUCAUCAACCCCAUUAUACUCCACUGGCUUUUGUGGAAAAGAAGAUGAACAGUGAUUGAUAAUAAA